AUGGUCUCCGGGGAUGGCACUGGUAGUGAUCCAAACACUACGCAUUUGCAGUGCAUCCCAGCCCAGGCCAACCAGUUAACUGGCACUUCUUCUUCGAAGAAUGCCAAUAUGCUAAUCAGAUUUACUGCCGAUGCGCUGGAGGUCGGGGAGAUUAUCCUGCAGGAGAACCUGUGUGCUAAAAAGUACUUCAAGUAUCCGGAAUUGACCGAAAAACUCUUUGCCGGAGGAUGGAUGCGUACUGAAGAUUUGGCAGUGUGGCAUCCUAAUGGAGCAAUUCAGAUCUUGGACCGCGCAAAGGACACCAUCAUUAGUGGCAAGCUUAAUCCCGUGGGCUAUAAGCUUAACAUCACACAUUUAUACUAA